AGGUUGAAGCAGCCCAGUCUGUGCUCAAAACAGUCAACGGUGAGGAGGAAAAGAAGCUUGAGGAGAUAUCAAAGCAAGAGAAGCCCGAAAAUGUCCCUGAAGAGCUCUUCUCUGUGUUUCAGGAGGUGAAGAAAACCAUGGUUUUGUUUCAGAGCCAGGACCAGAGGAAAGAGGCUGCUCAUGUGGUUGAGAUGGAGGGUUUGUUUCAGACCUUUGAUGAUCUUAUCCAGACAGCUUCUGGGUUGGUUUCUGGUGAUACCCAGGUUCAGAAACAUGUUAAUUUAGAGAACCCAGGUGAGAAAAUUGGGAGAGAAACUGUGAUCAGUGAUGAAAGUUUGACGAUGAAGAAGGAAGAUAAGGAAUCAGAGAGAGAUGGGUUUAAGAGUGUGGUGAGAAGUGCUUCCACUUUGUCUUCAGUCGACUCUGAGAAAAUGAGUCUAAUGAAGGUGGCAGCUGUCAUUGAAAACACUGCUAAAAGUGGUGCAGUAGUUCUUGAUCUUAAAGGGAAGUUGGAAGAUAGAGUGGAGUGGCUUCCUAUAUCGCUUGGGAAAUUAUCAGAAGUCACUGAACUGGACUUCUCUGAAAACCGGAUCAUGGCCCUUCCGCCCACGAUGG